AUGGGCAAGGAAAAGCGCGCCAAGUCCAAAAAGAAUGGGCCGCUGGUCAUAGCUCUGGAGACGGCGACUGUGCCACAGAUUGUCCCUCAAGUCAUCGGCGAUGACACGGGAGACUCAGUGCCUCGACGCCGGCCUGCAGUGCAGAGGGUGCCGGCGCAGCCGCAGGAGAUAGAAGAUAGCGACAGCGACAGUGACAGUGAUGAUAGCAGCAGCAGUUCCUCCAGCAGUUUGCCCAACUUCCAGCAGUUAUGCCAAACGGCGCCUGUCGGUCCACUGGAGCGAGCAGCUGAACCACCUCAAUUCACACAGGCGUCUCCACCUGCAUCACCAGAGGCACAACCGAAGCCAUCCGAAGGGAUCGAUGUCCCGGUGCCAAUGCCAGUCACAAUCAAGGGCUUGUCGAAUGAACUGCAGGCAGAGGCUACCCCGAGCCCACCAGAGGGCGAGGCGGAGCAGUUGAGCUUCCCGCGAAAACCAAGGGCUGCCAAGCCGGGAUCCAUUACCUUCAACAUGCAGGGUGCACAGAAGGCAAUGGCUGCUGCUCGCACAAGAGUUCAGGUGCAGACUGCGGUUGAGGCCGCCAAAGCGAAGCGCCUGAACGUCAAAGAUGCCGCGACGCAGACUGUUCGAGAUCCUGAGCGGCAGGAUGGAGACAUUGUGACCAUCUGGCGCUUGAGACCGCGAGGGAUGGAGUCCUUCCCACACUUCGCGAAACAGCCAAAGGUUGGAAAGCGUUCCAACACCAAAGACUUGGAGGCCGAGGUCAACGUGGACCCCAGAGAUCCCAGCGAGAGGAAGCGGGCACGGACCAUUGCGGCGGAGGUCAAGGAAGUCUCCAUCGAUGUCGGAGGUGAUGAUACCGGUGAGCUCAGUGGAGGUGAGGCCAUGUUUGACCCGUACCAGACCACUUUUGAUGAAGUGGCACCAGAUGCUGCUGAUUGA